GUUCAGCUACCAGCAGAUCUUCUGUCGCCAUGCUCCGCCUCAGACUCAGCACCACACUGUUGCUGGCAGCAACGUGUUUGCUUUUCAGAGCAGGUUCUUCGGUGGCCAUGUCCACAGAGAGAGUCGUCACCUGUUCUCCUGGCUCCCACAAUGUUCACCGUCUGAGCUGUGCCAGUGGAGUGAUCAGUGUGCAGACAGCUCUGUAUGGACGUGCAGACACUGAGACCUGUAGUGAUGGCAGACCUCCACAGCAGCUUGCCAAUACAAAGUGCUCUCAGCCGGGCACCGUGGACGUCCUCAGGAAAAGGUGUGAUGGCAUGAGUGUGUGUGAACUAACUACGAGUGUCGUCCGUACUUCUGAUCCCUGCCCUGGCACCUUUAAAUAUUUGGCGACCAACUACACCUGCUUCCCAGCAAUUCACCUUGUAAUAUGCGAGCACUCUGUGGGACAACUGUACUGUGAUGAAGGGCAGGUUAUAGUUGUGUACGGUGCUGAUUAUGGACGCCGUGACCAGACCACAUGCUCCUACCAACGUCCAGCCUCUCAGACCCAAAACGUCUACUGCUUAAACCCCACGAGCAAAGUCGCUGAAAGCUGUAAUGGAAAAAACAGAUGUAUUAUCAAAGCGAGCAACUCUGUGUUUGGAGACCCCUGCGUCAGCACGUACAAGUACCUGGAGGUGGCCUACACAUGCCAGUGUUUCUCCCUCAACCACCAUAACUUCAUUCUUUCUGGAUCAUCUGACACCAUGCUCUGCUGCAGACUCAACGCCACACUGUUGCUGGCAGCAACAGGUUUGCUAAUGAUAUCAGGCUUUUCUAGAGCCCAACCUCUGAUCCCCUUGUCCACGAACACAGUGAUCACCUGCGAUACCGCCGACAAUGUCCAACGCCUGAGCUGUGAGAGUGGAGUGAUCGUUGUGCAGAGAGCUCUGUAUGGACGUUUGAACAGAGAGACCUGCAGUGAGGGCAGACCUCACAACCAGCUUGACAAUACACACUGCGCUCAGAAGGGCACCGUGGACGUCCUCAAGAAAAUCUGUGAUGGCAAGAAGGUGUGUGAAAUAAACGCACAAGUCGUACGUACUUCUGAUCCCUGCGGAGGCAUCUACAAAUACCUAGAGACCAGCUAUGCCUGCUUCCCGGCGGUCCGCACUGAAGCAUGUGAAAGUUCUUUUGCAAACAUGCAGUGUGAUGAAGAUCGGGUUAUAUUUGUGUACGGGGCUGAUUAUGGACGCCGUGACCCGACCACAUGCUCCUACAGACGUCCUGCCGCUCAGGUCAAAAAUGUCCACUGUUCGAGGCCGACUACCAAAGUUGCUGAAAGCUGUAAUGGGAGAAGCAGUUGUAUGAUCAAAGCGAGCAAUUCGGUCUUUGGAGACCCCUGUGUCGGCACUUACAAGUACCUGGAGGUGGCCUACACAUGUCACUUUCCAGCGAUACAGCCAUAUCAUUGAACUUGAACUAUCACAAUGUACAUGCUUUGAAUAAAAUGCAUUCUGAAUCAGCAGUAAUCAAGAAACUAAAGAAA